AUGCAUGUUUUGCUCACUUGCGGAGGUCUGCUUCCCAAGAGCGCGCUUGGCAUUUCGGUGGCGCUGACAUUGGUUUGCAGCAUCCAGGCUGUUUCCAAUGCGACGGCGGGCUUAGAAGUGGAUCUGUCAUACAGGGAGGCUUCGUCAGCUUCGUGGACUUGGGCGGCUCACAGCCUCUCGGAUUAA